UUCUUAUAAAGCAAUUCAAAAUAUUACAAACCUUAAUGAAAAUAAAGUAUUUCAAAAUAUAAUGAAUUCUAUAAAUAUUAGUAAAGAUAUAGCAAUUCAAAGUAUUACAAAUUCUGUUAAUAUGAGCAAAAAUGAAGCAAUUCAAAAUAUUAAUAUGAGCAAAGAUAAAGCAAUUCAAAAUAUUAAUAUGAACAAAGAUUUUUGUAAA